UCAGUCAGUCAGUCAGUCAAUCAGUCAGUCAGUCAAUCAAUCAGUUCAGUCAGUCAAUCAACCAAUCAGUUAAUCAGUCAGUCAGCCAAUCAGUCAGUCAUCAACUUCAAAGAGCUUCGCUAUGUAAUUAAAACUCUGUGUCUAGCAGCCUUCAAUAGAGACCGACUGACUUGA